GCAGUUCUUGUAUUUGUUGUGUCAAUUAGAAGAUUUUCGUCAAAUCAGUUUCCGCAAGUGAAAACUUAUUAAUCUCAGAUUGUUCUUACACCUCCACACUCGUUGGAAAAUGCAAAUUUGAAGCCGCUGCGUUGCUUUCUUUCUCUCGGCCUCACAUUGUUUUUGUAACUGCCCUUUCGUUUGCGUGUUUGAGUCGAUUUUCAGCAAGCGAGAGGCGAUCACUAACAGUCAGCGCCUCCAUGCCUCUGGAUUUUCCUCCGUAUUACGGUAAGUCGCGCUAGUUUUAGCAAGAUUAAAUAACAAAAAUUCAGAAACAACAAGCAGCUUGUGGCAAAAUCAAAUCUGAUUUACCACAACAUUCAACGACCAAACAGAUUGAGCUUUUUAAGCGACUGAUCGUCAAUUUUGCAGUUUUUAAACCAUCGGGGUACGUCUAGUUUCAAAAAAUUUUAAAUUCUAGGCCAAAAACACCUUUAUACUUGAACUGCAGUCCAGCUUUCGGGUAAUUUUGGGCAACUGAUCGUAACGUUCUAUCAAACCUAUUUUUCUAAAUCCGGUCAUUCCUUUGCGAUCGUCGAACUUGUCAUAGCUGUCAAAGGUAUUGGAAAUCUAAAACUUCGCUCAGUACUCAGAGAUCUCUAAAACAUGUUAUUUUUUUAUCUAUUUAAAUUUUGAUUUUUUCAUUUAGUCGAUGUGAUUUCUAGGCUUUAGCAAGGAGUCAACUUGGCUUUUUUUUGCCAAAAAUUGUUUAUUUUCCCUUAAUGAAUGAUUGUUUUAUUUUCGCCCUGUUUAUGUAUUUUUAGUUUCUCAGGCGGUUUUAUGUUCCGUCAUAUAUCUCUGUUCCUAUCAGUGUUUCUAGCUGAUAUCUAACAAUUAUCGCUAAUACAGUAUAUUUUUCUGCAUCAAGUACGAUAAGUUUCUAAGAACGUCAUACCGAGAUAAGGCAAAUGCUCAGAAAUGUCCUAAUUCAUAAGUUGAUAUGAAUGUUUUAUUCUUCUUCAUAGAAAAUGAAAUAAUAUUUUGAUUAAAAUCAAAUGAUAUACUUUAUUUUGCUGCCUUAAGGCAAAGCAGUAUGUCUGCCACAAUUUUCUUUUUUUAUUAUUUCGCUUCAUAGCCGACGGGAUUAUGUGGGUGCCAGAAAUCGUAAUGACGUUGAUAAUGGUGUAUUUUCCAAUUCCUCCUAUUGGCGAAGGCAUCUACUUGCGUCACAAUACACCAAGUCAAUGAAAUCGGGGCAGAUUUAAGGGAACAAAAAGAUAUAUUCGACAAUUUUACUAUCGAUGACCAGUUGAUUUUUUUGCUGAUGACUUACUGUGGUAAACUACACGAUGUAAUAGUCCAGAAAAGAUUAUUUUUUUAUUUCAUGUCAGUUUGUUGACAUUGUUUGACACGUAAGAGGUUUCUUUUGAGUCAACAUGAGGGAAAAUGAAUUUAAGUGAAACAAAACCCGUCUAUAACUGCCCAAUGAGUGUCGCCUAAUGUUUGUUAUGGUAGUGUAUGUUGUAAUAGUUACUGUAAAUUACAUAGUUACCGAGUUACCAUUUGGAACAAUCAAUUUCACUCUGUCGAGUCGCAGAUUCAAUCGUGGUGACAGCGGGAGUCUGUCAAGACGAAAACACAUGUAAUUAUUUCAUUUUUAAAAAUGAAACCCCUCCGACUCGUAUCCUUGGAUGCUUUUGCUUUUGUUUAUUUUAUUUAUUUUACAAAGCAAAUUUCACAAUGAUUUUUUUUAAACUUUCUUUUUCCUGGUGUUAGCAAUUUUACUUUAAGGGUUCAACUGGAUUUGAAAGUUGCACUCAGUAAAGCCUAAAAAAAUAUUCUUGUAGGAAAAUGUUAAAAUACGUCGAAAGGCCAAACUCGCAAAAUUGACUUAGGAUUUUAUCAACGAAAAGCCUUCAAAAAGCAGUUUGUAGAUAAAUGUCAGAAAGCAAAAACAUCGUUUUCAGCCUUUUUGAUCAACAACUGAAUUUUAUGGACUUUUAUUUUUGUUGAUAUUUUCAGCCUCGACAUGCUUAUAAAAAAUGACUCUUAUAUAUAUUUAAAAAACUUCACAUUUUCUGUAUGUGACGUUAGGUUAUUUCAAAGUGUUUUUCUCAAUUUAUUGUUGACCAGAUUGGCGUCACUUAUAAUAUCUGAGUUUAAUUCAUAAUACCUUUUCCAUCCCUGCUGAGCGCACAAAUACAGCACAGCUUUGAAGAGACAUGUCGCAAUAACAUGAUUAAAAGCAGACUGUUCUUUACUUUGGUAGCUGGAGUGGCGGGAGAAGACAUGUUGGACGAAUUUCUGGUCGGUAAACGAGAGCUAGAUCACGGUCAAAGUGCAACUAUGGAUGUGCGAAGGUUUGUUAAGACAAAAGAGGAAUUGGAAUUAAGUUUAGAAAGAAUGUGUUAUCUGAUUCUAAUUCGGAUUGAUGGUAUUGGGACUGAAAAAUGACCGAUUAAUUGCUCCAGGAUCAAAAGAUUUAUUUGAAUAUCUUACCAUUUGACUAAUUGACUUAUACAUCUGGGAAUAUCUUUAUUAAUUGGUCAUUUGCUGAGUAAGCUGAAGCUUUUAUGGUUUUUAUGGUUUAUUUAUUGCUCACUGAACGUGAAUAUAGUUUUAUAUUGGUAUAAAUUUGUGACUUUGCCAAAGUAAUGUGUAUUAUGACUGUUACUCAAAGAAGAUAAUCAACUUUGCAUUAACGAUUAUCUGAAGUCGGAUUGAAUCAGUUUUACUUCGUCAAUCUUAUGCUAUUUAUGCGAAUGUGCAUCAAAUGUAGAAUAUUGCAACUUUCGUUGUGGUUAACGUUUCUCCCUUAAAUUAUUUCAGAUUUCUCAACGUAAAAUAUCACCAAGCCUCGAUUGGAAAACUUAAAAAAGCCGCCUUAGCUUGCACGAUAGCUAUCUUGCUCAUUAUUGUUGUAAUGUUCACUGUCGGCUCCCCGUCAACCCGUCACCUUCCGGUGAAAACGCUUCCAGAGCCAACAGCCGCUGGGAAGACUGGUACCGAGAUAAAGCAAAGACCCUCUUUCGUGCGGGCCACAAAUCCCGACAUACCGUUCGAGCUAACUCUCAACUGCAAUUCAUGCGCAUUGGUGAGCUCUUCUGGAAUGCUGCUGGGAAACAACGCGGGCUCGCAGAUUGAUUCUGCAGAUUGUGUCUUCCGAUUAAACUCGGCACCGACGAUUGGUUUUGAAGAAGAUGUCGGAAGUAAAACAACGGUUCGGGUGUUUUCAGUAUCUGGGUUAAAGUCUUUGAUCAGAGAUACCUGGCAGAAAAGUGUGGAUACUUUUCAAGGCUUGGAUUAUAUGAUUUUGCUGGGACCGGAUGAACUUCUGUGUAGAAACUGUACACUUUCUAAAUUGUACCAGAAAUUAGCGCAUUAUCUUGAAAACACUGAGUUGCUACAGGUCACGAAGGAAGCCUAUCAAAAGGCCAAACAAGAAACCAAGAAUCUUGGCCUAAAGUAUGCAAGGUAACAUUUUUUUUGUGAACUGUUGAAGCAAGUUGUUAUGAUCCAACAUGUUUGGCAAAAAAAUCAUACACAUUUAUUAUAAAGUCGAACCUCUUCACAAAGGCCACCUUGGGGUCAGAAGAAAGAAGCCGUUGUAGAGAGGUUGCCAUAAGUGGCGGUUCGACUGUAUUUUGCUAUGCCUUUCUUUUCCUCGCCGAAAGAACAGUUUGCUGCUCUUUCGUCAGUUUUGUCAUCGAUCUUUUUCAGUGAUCCAGAUCUUUUUUAACAAUCCGAAUACUGAACUUACCGGGUUUAUAGCAGUAGUUUUGGCUUUCAAAUUUUAUUCUUUCUUUUUUUCUUUGUAAGCCAAUAACCAAGCACAUCGCCGACGCACUCAUCGGGUAUUUUCCAUAAUGCCAGACCAUCUAGUCAGUGACUAGGAUUGGCCAAGGUAAAAUGGACGACGUUUUUUAACUCAAACAAAAUUUUCAGAACUGAAGCGUUCAUUUACGUUGUAACCUCAAUUUUGAGUACUUCUCCGCAGUGAAGUGGCACUGGAAACGAGAAUUUUGAAAAUUGAACUGCAAGUUUCGGUCGGAAUAUUCCCGCAAACACCAAAGCAUGUCCCAGAGAAUACGACGAAAAUUUCGCGGGAUAAUGGAAGCCACUAUACCUGCGAUACUUAAAUGAAAGCCACUCUUAAAUAAAAACCAACUAAAACUUAUUACUUAACCUUUUAUCUCAGGUCUUUUUCCUUAAUUUUUAUGGGAAAAGCUCUGGGAGUGAGUUUGGUAAGAACUUUGACUGCACGCAAAAACUUCCAAAAACGCACGCGGGAGAGCCCCAACCUGGUUUCAAUUUUAUUUCCAGCUGUUUUAAAAGCAGCCAGUAGAUAGGUGUCGACAGAAGGUGAACAUGAGGUGUUUAAUUACAUUAACACAAUUGUCCAACAACCAGCCUCCUCCUCACGCGCUUUGUCUUUCGAAUGGUUUCGCAUAGAGGCGACCGCGAAACGCGAGUAACUGGUGACUAAACGCAAGGGACCAUGGGAAGGGUGCGAAAAUUUUCAUCGAGAGAGAGACGUCUGGGUACGAGGCAGGUCCAACAAUGAAAGCUCUUCAUCUGUUCAUUGAUAUGGUAUAGUAGUUUUAGCAAUAUUUUACCCGUCAAAAGAAGUUAAAUUUUUCUUUCUGAAAACAUUUUCCCUUUUAUUUCUUCCUCAGCCUAGACCUACCUAUCUCCACAAGAUUUUACGCGUUGAGUUUGGCUCGACAUGUUUGUCCUCAAAUCAGGGUGUUCGGAAUGGAGCUCGGGAAUCCUUGUGAACGGUUUGUAAAAUAUCUUAUCAUAUGCAAAAACAUACUCACUAAAGAACCAUGUCAAAAAUUUUCUUGCGCAAAUGGGUUUUACUUAAUCAGAGGCGCGAACGAGGUUUUUAAAGUGUGAGAAAAAUUGUUCAUCCAUAAAACGCUUCUGUCAAAAACAUAAUUUAAAAGCCUGGCCCCAGUUGUUCAAACUUUGAAUAGAGCUAUCCACCAGAUAAAUCAGAUAUCGUUAUCGUAGAUAGCGUUAUCCACGUUUUGAACAACUGGUAGCAGCUUUCUUUUACGACUUUGCUCCUUUAACACUGCCGUCAUAUAUAUUGCUUUUAGAUUGCGAUCCGUGCCCAUGUUCUACUGGGAUCAAGAAUCCUGGCAGACUAAAUGCCUGACACAGGAGAAACGAAUAAAGCAGCGGAUGUUUCAAGGAGAACAGAGACUUUUAAUGGAGAGAGAAAUUUUCCAUUCGUGGGGUGAUAAGUAUCACAUCGAGUUCUUUUACCCUUCUCAGAGGAAAGUAACAUGAAUAUUAUCUACUUGGACAAGUUUCAGUGUUUUAGAUAUUAUUUUUGGGAAAAUGGGAAAGAAGAUGAAAAAGGCUGUGCCUCUAACACUAUGGUAAUCUUCGCAGCCACUGUUUCCGUUGUCACGCAAGCUUUGUCCAUUACAGAAAUGUAACACAAGACGUCACACAAUGCGUCACACAACACGUGACACGAUGUUUGUUCCGUUACGAUGAUAAAGAAUUUUAUGCCCAGCGCCGGACGCGAAAGUAUACAUUCCUAGCUACUGUGCUGAGUGUUAAGUUGGCCAUCCAAAGUUUUUUUUUAAAGAAGUUUAAAAACUUCUUUAACAGAAUGCUUGAGUAAAAUCACGUGGGAUCGAUUUUGCCGUACUAACAAGUACUUGCUAUACUUAUUCAGUACGCGUAUGAUAAAUUAUGUAUUUUAUUUAUCAAAUUACGUUUUGUUUAAAAAUUAUAAUUUAACUUGAGAAAAAAAUGAAAAUGUAAACUGAAUCCAU